ACCUUUCCAACAGUGCGGUCAUCGGGAGUCCUGCUGGAACUGGCGAGGGACAGAGUGCCACUGGCAGAAACGGGGGAGGCUGGGAAUCUAUUCAGCCCAAAACAGAGAAGCUCAAACCCAAACAAACAGGAGAGAAAGAAAUGGAGGAAGAAGUGAAAACUCCGGGAACCAUUCAGUCAGAUCCCUGCCAGGGUUUUGAGAGUCUCGUACAAGCAGGUGAGAAACUCAAGGACACUGGUUUUCCAGCAGAGCGCCAGAAGCAGGGCACAAUCCUCCCGCAGCGGCUGGGCCGUCUUAAUCUUCCCACCAUUCUGAGGGCCCGACCAGAAUCCCAGGAGAAGGAGUUGGACCCACAGACCCUCCCACUACAGCCCCAGCACUCAACAGACCCCCCUGACCGAUGUCAGUUCUGCGGUGCAAGGUCAAGGCCUUUCUAUGACAUUUCCGUAUUGAGCAGCAGCACAGACCCUGAACAUUUCUGCUGCUCUCAGUACCAGCAGCUGUUUAAGGUCCUGGUCCAAGAGCGCAGGCUCAUCCUACAGAAGAUGGGUCAGGAGGGAACCAUGAGCCUUGUCUCCCCACCUACAAAAGAGGAUGAAUUCGAGGGAGGGGUCACUCACUUGGACGGGUGUGCACAGCUAGAACAACGAAUGGACAGGGAUGAGUCAACAGUCAACUUGACCGUUUUGCAACCAGAAGGCUACUCACCUAUGAGGAAGACCAUCACCUACCAGCUCUCCAGUCUGAUGCCCAGGGAAGACUGCUGGAUUGUUACACAGGAUUCUGGGACGGAUACAGACCUUCAAAAAACAGAGGAAGAUCCUGUGGGCCCAGAGACACAGGGAUUUGGUAUAAUACAUCAAGAGGCCCAUUUCACUCAACAGUACUACGCCAGUGGAAGCAAGUUCCUUACAGUAUUUCCAGAUGGCUCUGCCCAAGUGCUCUACCCCUCUGGACAGCUGGCUUUGCUUAUAGUCACAGAGCAAUGUAACAGAAAGAUCUGCCUUGUGCUGGAUGACCAUUUCCCCGACCCUCCAAUCAGAGCGCUCUUCCACUCUAGUGGCAGAGCCACCUGUUACCAUGGCAAUGGAAACAUCUGGUAAAGGAUGCGUUUACAAAUUUCAGUUUUUUUAUAUUUCACAUGUCUGU